AUGGAGUUAAUAUUUCGAUUAAAAAUUCACUUAUCCAUUUUAAAUACUUCGCAAUGGUUCCUUCACAAUUUUAUAUGGUUUUUAUUGAUAAAAUCAUGGAUUUCUUUACCAAAUACAAGUGGUGGAUUUAUUGCUGAAUGUCCAGCACAAGAAUUGAUAUUACCAUGUAGAUGUCUUACACGAGGAAAUGAAUACCAAAUUUGGUGUUCGCACUCGGAAUUAUCGAAUGUUUUAGAUGGCUUAAAAUCAAUUGGCAAAUUAAUAACUAAUCCAAUUGAUGAAUUAAUUUUAGAAAAUAAUAAUUUACCUUCGUUGCCUGGGCGUUUUUUUCUUCCUAUUCGCGUAAUGCGAUUGAUGCUUCGAAACAAUUACUUGCAAAGAGUUUCUUCCGGAUGGUUAACAGGGUUAGAAAAUACAUUAAUGGAAUUAUACAUGGUGGAGCCGGAUUUACGCAGUUUUCCAAUGGACUCGUUGGACCAGUUACGACAAUUAGAAGCAGUUACUAUCAAAUCAAAUCUAAUGAAACGUGCACCAUAUUUUAGUGGAUUACCCCGCUUACGUUACAUUCAAAUAGAAUCAACAUCACUGGUUGAAUUAUCACCACGGAAUUUCAAAAUGCUACCUUCAUUAGAAAAAUUACACAUCACAGGCAGUGAACAUUUAACACGAUUAGAAUCAAACGUUCUCGAAGAUUUACCACAAUUAAAUAUAGUAAACAUAUCAUUUAAUGCUAUUAAUUGGGUACAUCCACGGGCGUUUUCACGACUACCGAAUCUUGUGGAACUUCAUUUAAUUGGUAACCAAAUUACCGAUGCUGGAAUGAUUGGUCGUGGUACAAGAGAUUUACAAUCGUUGACUACGUUACGUUUAGAUUACAAUAAUAUUGACAAAAUUGGCGAAGCAUCAUUCGUUGAUAUUCCCGCUCUACGUGAUUUGUAUUUAUCAUAUAAUCAAAUCACAGAUAUUCAUCAUGGAGCGUUCCAUCAAACACCACAAUUACGGAUGUUAAAUUUAAACCAUAAUUUGGUACGGCAUGUACAUCCAGAAUCAUUUUUACAACAUUCUGGUAGUGGAUUAGAAGAAUUAUGGUUAAUCGACAACGAUAUAAGUCAUGUUAGUGAGUUACGAUCACUUUUAGAUGCACUUCCACGAUUAAUUUUCUUGGAUAUGAGCUACAAUUUCUUACAAGAUAUACCGUUUGGUGCUCUACGAGGUCAUCCAACUUUAGAACGAUUACAUUUAAAUCAUAAUAAAAUUCAAAUGGUUGAACGAGAAGCUUUUACUGCAAUGCCAGCCUUACGAGAGUUGAGAUUAAAAAAUAAUUCGCUUUCGAAUUUAUUGGAUGGUCCUUUAUGGAAUUUACCUGCACUAAAAGGACUAGAUUUAUCACAAAAUUAUUUUAAACGGAUAGAGCCACGUUUGUUAAUGAACUUACCAUCGUUAAGACGAUUGGAUUUAAGUGAAAAUCAACUUGGAAUCAUUGAUCCCGCUUCAUUUUUAGAAACGCCAGCCUUAGAACACGUUAAUAUAUCGCAUAAUGUUUUAACAACGUUACAUCCAGCAACGUUUCGACAUUUAAUGCAUCUAUACGAGAUUGAUGUCAGUCAUAAUCGUUUAGUGGAAUUUGUACCCGGCUUACCAAGAGGAAUUGAAAAUUUACAUAUGUCACGGAAUCAAAUCACAAGUUUACCGUUAUCACCAUCACCAGAUUUAGAUUUACCUUCCUUAAGAAUGUUAGAUAUAUCAAGAAAUGGUAUUGCGAAAAUUCAAUCAGGUUCAUUUCGAACUUUACCACAAUUGAGACGAUUAAACUUGGGUAAAAAUUCAUUACAAACGCUAGAAAACAGUUGCUUAGAAGGUUUAACUCGCUUAGAAGUUUUAGAUUUACAUGACAAUCGAUUAAUGUUAUUACAUCCACAAUGUUUACGAGAAAAACGAGAACUAAGAGAAUUAAAUUUGAGUGGUAAUCAUUUAGAAAUGUUAGUUCCAGAAGUCUUACAAGAUACAGAACAUUUAAAAAAAUUGGAUGUUAGCAAUAAUCGGUUAACGGAAAUUAUGUCAGGAACAUUUCAAAAUACCAGAGAACUGAAAAGUUUUGAUUGUUCCUACAAUUCACUUACACAAUUACCACCAUCAAUUCGAAAUUUAAAAAAUCUAGAAGUUCUUGAUCUCACCAACAAUCGAUUACGUUAUUUACAGCCAGAAACUUUAAGUAGUUUAGCGGCAUUAACAGAAUUAAAAAUAUCACGUAAUCGUAUAUCCGAACUACGACAACGUGCUUUUGAUAAUUUGUCAAAUUUAAAAAUUCUUGAAUUACAAGACAAUGAAAUCGAUAAUAUUGAACCAUUAGCAAUAAAUUCAUUACCAAAUUUAACAGCAUUAAAAUUAGGUAAAAAUAAAUUACGGAUAUUACCGGAUAAUGUAUUUCGCGAUUUAACAUCGUUAGAAACUGCUGAAUUACAAGAAAAUCAAUUACAAAAUAUUGCUGACACAGCGUUUAAUAAUGUUCCACAUAUAUUACUGUUAAACUUGAGCUCAAAUCAAAUCCAUAACUUAGAUGAUGCUGGUUUGAGAAGUAUUCGAUCUUUAGAAGUACUAGAUUUAAGUAAUAACAAAUUACGACGUAUAGAUAAUUCAAAUAUGGCAAAAAUGGAAUGGUUAGUAGAAUUAAAAAUGGAUAAUAAUAAAAUUUGUACAAUUCAAGGUGCACCAUUUAAUGGAAUGCCACGAUUACGUGUAUUAAGUUUACGAAAUAAUCUUAUGUCAUACAUACCAGAAUAUACAGUGAAACGAUUACGAAGUAGUAUAGCUGUAUUAGACAUCGAAGGAAAUCCAAUUUCUUGUAGUUGUCCUAUGUUAUGGAUGCGUGCUUGGUUAGAAGAAGCAUCUGAACUUGGUCCGCGUUGUUCAGAUGGAACAUAUUUACGCGAAAUGCGUUUAUCACGACAAGAUUGUUCAAAUACUGAACAACAGAAACAAAUUGCUGUUAGUCCAGAAUGUGAAUCGGAAAUUGUUGAUUCAAAUCUUUAUGGAACAUCUCAAGUAUUUUCUCCGUACACCAGUAUCAAAGAUAGUACUUCACAAUUAGGACAAAAUACUGCUCCUUCCCCAGAAGAAAGUGAUUAUUUCUAUGAUGAAUACGUCGAUUAUCCAUACAAUGAGACUAGCAUUCUUGCUAUCGAACAAAAUAAUAGUAUUUAUAAUAAUGAGAACAAAGCAACUCCAGUUCCGAUUAUAACUUCCUCAGAAAAGAUAUCGUCGCAUUUUAUUCCAGGUGAUACUCCAACUAUCUACGCAGAACCUAAAAAAAAUUCUUCAAAUCAACAAAAUUUUGUACAAAAUGAUCUCAGCAAAUAUCCAUCACCAAGUCAAAGUGGUUUUACUUUCUUCGGUAUGCCAUUACCAGCACUGAAUUUAGGAUCUUUAUGGGGUUCUGGUCGAAAAGCUGAUCGUAAAUAUGGCCUUGUUAAUACUUCACGGGGAAAUGGUCGAGUUCAAAUGUAUCCAGAGUAUUAUGGUGGAUCAAAUCAUGUACACAAGCAAUAUACAAUUAAUCCACUACCAGAAAAAUAUCCACCAACAGUUCCUGAUGUACAAACUGGAGGAUUUGUACCAAUGUUACCUGGGUCUGGAGGAUUUACACCAAUGAUACCAAGUUCAAAUAAAACUGAGAAAAAUUCAACAAUGGAAAUGAAUUUAUAUAAAAAUCAACACGAUUUUAUUAAUACAGAAAUAUCGAAUACAUCUGAUAGUAAAUUAACAAAACGUGGUCCUCAUUUUAUAGGAUCUGAUAAAAAUUCUGAUCAAGAUUUAAAUAAAGUUAUUAAAAAUAAUAAAGUAACAAUCACAAAAUUAGAUUAUAAACCGACCUUUAUUGCGCCUGGUGCUAAUGUAUCGGAAAUUGUAACUGAACGAACUAUAAUAUCGACCACGCCUGAACUUACCAAUAAGAAAAGUUUUUCCACAAUAGUCCAUUCUACUACACAGCCAACAAUCAUUGAAAAUGUAUCAAAAUCAGAAUUUAUUAAAGGGCCACCGUCUUCACCAAAGAAUAUAAUCGAAGAAAUAGAAAAAAAUGUCACGAAUUUUUCGAUAGAUGAGAUUGUCACAACAAAACCUUUUAAUGAUGAAUGGGAAACAAAUACAGAAAAUGAUUUUACAAAAGCAUCAUCAAAUGAAAGUCCAAGUCCAUUGUCUGCUUUGUUAAUUCCAGGUGGACAACAUCCUCAACAAUAUAAACCACCAGUGGGUAAACCUACAAUCACCAAAGUUGAGUUAGCAAGCAUUCGAAAUAUUUCUACAACUGAAAAACCAACAUUAAUUGAUAGUUUUUUCACAAAUGAUGAUUUAUCUAAAGAUGAAACAACUACUGUAAAAGUUAUACCAAGUAAUGGAGAUGGUUCAAUGAGUUGGUAUUUUAAAAAUUAUAACCAAACGAAUUUGGAACCGUAUAUUGGACCAGGACAUGAAACUCAUAGUUUAAGUGUAAAUAAUUUAAGUGUGCAAUUAAAUGUUCCGUAUAAUUUUUUAAUUAUAUUAACUGUAAUUACUAUUAAUUUGUAUCGGUAA